AUGUCUGUUUAUGGACAUAUACCAAUUGAUAAUAAGACUGAAUAUUCCAAUUUUACAUAUUCAUUCAAUGUUUGGACUGUUUUCGCAGCAGUCACUUGUACAUAUACACUGUUUUCGUUUUGGAUUACACUAAAAAUGUGCAUUUUUUAUUUGAACAAUAAAAAUAACGAAGAAGUGAAAAGAGGACUUCGUCUUGAUGUUUUUCGAUUGUUUCUUUUGAUGCAAGUAUGGAAAGAAUUUCAUGUUUUGAUGGAUUUUCUGAUAGUUCGAAUUCCACUUACAUCAUUAUUUACCAGUUAUUGCUAUCAAUCGAAGCCAGUUCUACUUUUAAAAAUAUUAUCAUUGAUGUUCACAGGAGUUGUAUAUACAUCUCAUUCAUUAACUCUUGCGUUUUGCAUUCAGAGAGUUGCAUUAUUAUAUGCUCAUGAAUAUCACAAAGAUAAAAUUGCAAAAAUAUUUGAUAUUGUCAACCCUCUCAUUAUAUUUGUUGGGCAUGGUUUUGGAAUACCGUUCUUUUUUGCAUCAAGCUCUUGUUAUCAAAUGGACGAACCAUUUCCAUUUGGAGCAAUUGUAAUCACAGCUCUACGCCGGGAUAUGAAAACUUACACUAUUAUUUACUCAAUUUUUUCUAAUACAAAUAUAACACUGACGAUUAUAUUGACAAUCAUGAUGUUUGUAAAGCUGUAUCAUAAACGGAAGAUAACUUCCGAGUUGCGCCGACCAGUAGAUUUAAAAUCAGAAAAAGUAUUAACAGCUACAAUGAUUCUAAUUCUUCUCCCUGUUGUGGUUCCAUCAAUUCUGUCAAUUGCAAAUCUUUUUUCUUCAAAUUUAUAUGCUUAUAUGUUUCUCCUGCGUUGCAUUGCAUUGGAUGUCCGAGCUCAUAUUGUUUCUUGUUAUUUCUAUUAUACGCAUUACAUUUUUAAAAAGAAAAACCGUAGUACUAAAAUUCGAAACGACAGCACUAUUCGAACAGUGUCAACAUAUUUUUAAUGUGUAAUAAAUUAUUUUGAAUUUGUC